UAAUCAUACAAACAGACACACCCUACAAAAAACCAACCCCCGAAACAAAACCCGACUCAUUUCCCCUCUUUCUCCCAAAGUUGAACCAAUGGACCCCAAAACUCAUCAUCCCGUCUUCCUCCUCCUCCUCCCUUUUCUGAGCCUCCUGAUCCACGCCGCCGCCGAUGACGCCACCGUCAUGUCAACUCUUCUCACUUCCCUCUCGCCGGCCCCUCGCGGCUGGUCGGCCUCCACCUCCUUCUGCAGCUGGACCAACGUCAACUGCGACUCCACCUCCAAAUUUGUCACCUCCAUUGACUUAAACUCCGCCGGAGUCUCUGGUUCUCUUCCCCCUGAGCUCAACCAGCUUUCCCAGCUCAGAUCCCUCGCGGUUCAGAGAAACUCACUCUCCGGAACACUGCCUUCUUUCCAGAACAUCACUUCCCUCGAACAAAUCUAUCUUGACCAGAACAACUUCACAUCCGUCCCUAACAAUUUCCUCUUAGGCCUACCGAAUCUUCAGACUUUCAGCAUAAGUCAGAACACGAAUCUACGUCCUUGGCAAAUCCCUUCUUAUUUGACUGAAAGCUCGAAUCUCGUCUCCUUCUUUGCUAGUAAUGCCGGUAUCACUGGCAGCAUCCCGGAUAUCUUCGGGUCUUUCCCCAAUCUGCUCAAUUUGAGGCUGUCGUACAACAAUUUGACCGGAUCUUUGCCCCGAUCUUUCUCCGGGUCCGAGAUUCAAAAUCUCUGGCUCAACAAUCAGGGUUUGUCCGGCCCAAUAGAUGUGUUGGGUAACAUGGUUCAGUUGCGGCAAGUUUGGCUGCACGCUAACUCGUUUUCAGGUGGGCUUCCCGAUCUGUCCAGAUGUGACUCCUUGUUCGAUUUGCAGUUGAGGGACAACAGGUUUACUGGCGUGGUCCCACCUUCUCUGAUGGCUUUGCCCUCUCUCGUCAACAUUACUCUGCAGAACAACAAGUUGCAGGGUCCUUUUCCGCAGUUUCGAGCUGGAGUUCACGCCGAAAUCGGGACCACCAAUAGCUUUUGUUUAAGCGCACCAGGGCCAUGUGAUCCACAGGUGAGCACACUUCUUGAUGUUGCGGCCUCUCUAGGCUAUCCCAUGUCUUUAGCCGAGUCAUGGGAAGGGAAUGAUGCCUGCCAAGGAUGGAGAUUUGUUAACUGUGAUUCACGAAAUGUCACAAUCGUGAACAUGGGCAGACAAGGGUUCUCGGGCACUAUCUCACCCGCUUUUGCCAAUCUGACCUCUUUGAGGAAUUUGGUAUUGAACGAUAACAAUCUCACUGGCGCCAUCCCGAACGCCCUUACUACUUUGCCUCAGCUUCAAAGCAUAGAUGUGUCGAACAAUAACUUAUCCGGUCCUAUCCCGACAUUUCGAGUUGGCGUGAGAUUUAAUCACGAUGGCAAUUCGCUUCUCGGUAGGAAUAUAUCUGGCGGAGGUGGGCCCACGGGAUCUCACAGUGGGAAUCCGAAUGGAAGCACGUCUAAAUCGGGAAAGGGCUCGUCUGGUUCUGCAGCUAUGAUUGCUGGGGUUGUGAUAGCCGUUUUGGUAUUCACGGGAGUUGUGUUGUUUGUUUCCUAUAAAUGCUAUAUCAAGAGACGGCACAAGAGAUUUGGCAGGGUUGAAGGGUCCGAGAUUGGGAAGGAGUUGUUUAAACCCAAUGGGAAUAAUGUGAAUGGGUAUAAUGGAGUUCCAAGCGAGCUACAAAGCCAGAGCAGUUGUGGGGACCACACCGAAAUACCCAUUUUUGAGGGUGGGAAUGUUACAAUCUCAAUACAGAUUCUGAGACAGGUGACGAACAAUUUCAGUGAAGAUAAUGUGCUGGGCAGAGGAGGAUUUGGGGUCGUUUACAAGGGUGAAUUGCAAGAUGGGACUAAGAUUGCUGUGAAAAGAAUGGAGUCUGGGGUGAUGGGCACAAAGGGAUUGAACGAGUUCCAGGCCGAAAUUGCUGUCCUCACCAAAGUUCGGCACAGGCAUUUGGUUGCGCUCUUGGGGUACUGUAUUAAUGGCAACGAGAGGCUUUUGGUGUAUGAAUACAUGCCACAGGGGACUUUGAGCCAGCAUCUGUUCGAGUGGCAGGAGCAUGGCUACCCGCCUCUCACAUGGAAACAGAGAGUGACAACAGCUUUGGAUGUGGCCAGAGGAGUUGAGUAUCUUCACAGUUUAGCCCAACAGAGUUUCAUUCACAGGGAUUUGAAGCCGACUAACAUACUUCUCACGGACGAUAUGAGAGCAAAGGUUGCGGAUUUUGGAUUGGUAAAAAAUGCACCGGAUGGUAAGUAUUCUGUCGAGACGCGAUUGGCUGGGACUUUUGGCUAUCUUGCACCUGAAUAUGCUGCUACUGGAAGAGUGACAACGAAAGUCGAUGUUUAUGCCUUUGGAGUUGUUCUGAUGGAGCUUAUUACCGGUCGAAAAGCGCUAGACGAGACGCAGCCAGACGAGAGGUCUCAUUUGGUCACAUGGUUCCGCAGAGUCCUUAUCAAUAAAGACAACCUCAAAAAGUCGAUAGAUCCAAUUCUCGAUCCAGAUUACGAAACUUACGAGAGCAUUUGCAAGGUUGCUGAGCUGGCGGGCCACUGCACAGCCCGCGAGCCUUUCCAGAGACCUGACAUGGGACAUGCGGUUAAUGUGUUGGGACCUUUGGUUGAGCAGUGGAAACCUUCUAAACCUGAAGAAGAGGAUGCUUAUGGCAUCGACCUUCCCAUGAGUUUGCCUCAAGCCCUUCAAAGAUGGCAAGCUGAUGAAGGAACUUCUAGAAUGUUUGAUGAUCUCUCUUACAGCAACACACAGUCGAGCAUCCCCGCUAAACCGUCUGGAUUUGCGGACACGUUUAGCUCAAUGGACUGUAGAUGAAAAGAGUCGAUGACAGAGUAAGAAGAGGUAACCCAUGCUUCAUCCUAUGACAAGAAAGGUGAGUUGUCCACACACGGUUGUGUUUAGUUUGAGUUGUUAAACAAUGUUGGAGAUCGUAUUUAAUUUAUUCUUUCCCGCUUGACUUUUGCUGUCCUUUUUAUCCUUUUCUUGUAAUAGCAACUGUAAGAAAAACCCAAGUUGAUAGAGGUUAUUAUUAUUGUGCUCGACUGAAUAAUACCGU